ACGGCGUGGGUGAAGCGGGGCGCGCGCGGCGGCGGUUGCUCGCGGCGGGGCCGGCAGCGGCACCAUGGCGCCCGUGCUGAACCUCAACAACGAGGUUGUGAAGAUGAGAAAAGAUGUGAAGAAGGCCAAGGUCCUGACUAUUCGCAGGCUAACCAGACACAUUGGGAAAUUAAAGCUGAAAAAGGGUUCAGAAGACUUGAUAUUAAAGAACCAAAAAAGAGCAGAGAGGCUGAUAGAAGAAAUCCGUGCCAUGAAGGAAAUAAAGCCAGAUCAAGUUACCAGACUUGCUCUCAGGAAAGAAGUUAAUUUUGAAAGUGUCUGCAGAAAGCCAAAUUCUACCGCAACGGAGCGAGCCAUUGCAAGACUUGCAACACACCCCAUCUUGAAAUCCAAAAUUGCUGACCUUAAAGCUGCUGUAAAAGCUUUUAAGGAUGCAAGAAAGAAACCAGCCAACACCCAUCUUUCAAUAAAAGAUAAAUCAGAAGAAUACCCUAAGUCGGCACAACCUCCCAAUAGCAAUCUGGAUGACCAAGUUGUUAAAGUCGUUCAAAACCAGCAAGCAUGUGAAGACAAAACAAAAACGAGUACGAAAAUAGGAGCCAACACAGAGAAAGAACUUUGUGAGAGUGAUUACGAGCAGAAAAUUGUGGGAAGCGAGAAAGCGUGCUCUCCGAAAGAAGCUUCGUUACAGGCAGUAGAAGGGCGAGCAGUCACUCAGAAUAAUGGGGGAAAGAAAUUUGACUAUCUAAAGAGGAAAAAACCCAUAAGCAUGAACAAAUUCACUGCAACGAAAGAGUCUGUCGGUGAUGUUAGCGACCUGGAACAGCUUAAUGAGGAAGAGUACUUUGAUGAUAGUACCGAAGAAAGGUUUUAUAACCAGACGUCGGACUCUGACAGUGAUAGCAACGAUGAUUUCUUCAUUGGCAAAGUAAAAAGAAAGAAAAAGAUAGCAGCAGUUAGUGACUUUUCUUCAAUAAAUGAAAAGAACAGACCACAGGGAAAACCACUGAAGAAGGAAAAGAACGCAGUGCCUAGGACAGCGCGAGAUUUGGUCAGAGAAGAAGGAAAGCUACAUGCAAAAGCAGAGAAACUGGAAUCGGUGUUCUGCAGUCUGCUGUCUGCCCCUAAUCAGAAAUCCCAAAAUAGAAGAAAUACUGAAGACCAGCCUCUCAAAAACAGAAGAACAGCUUUUCCUAAAAAGGAACCACAGCUCAAGAAGCAGCAAUUUGCUGAAGUUGCAGGUAUUAAAUGCAAAAACAAAAAAGCAGUUUUAGAACAACCUCUUCAUCCUUCGUGGGAAGCAAGCAAGAAACGUCGGGAACAAAUGUCUCAAAUUACAGCAUUCCAAGGAAAAAGGAUUAAAUUUGAUGACUAGACUUUAUGUAAAUUCAGGUUUUAAAAGAUGAUUGUUAUAGAUUCACAUCUGGUGGUAUUUUCUUAUGGAGUAACAACUGGUGUUGGAACACCUUUUUUUUUUUUUUUUUUUUCCUCCCCUCUGUGAUAAAAAUGGAAGACGGACUAAAGUCUUCACUGAGAUAAUAUUUUUACAAGUUUUAAGAAUUCAUGUCUUAGCCAUAUUUAGAUGUCUAAAUUAUUUUCAUUAAACUGUCCUUAUCCUUUGAAGCCUGUAAAAUGAUAUUUUAAAAGCUUUGUUCCUAGAAGUAAUCAUCUGUUUCUAAUGAAGAUUAUCUAAAUAAUGCGGUGUGCUGUCUUGAUUAACAGGAGGUCACGUGGUGUUGGUUUGCAAGCUCUGUUGCGUAGUUUUGCCAUUAAUGAAAUGCACCCUAACGUGAGUGAAUGCUUUGAGGAACAUCAUUUAUGCUCUUAGUCUGAAUUAUUUGGAGUUUUGUUUAAGUAAAAAUAUACUGAAGACUGUUUGAGGCCUUGGAUGUAAAGAGAGAGGGGAUAAGGUAAAACAUUAACUACUGAAGAAAUAAUCCUAAGAAUACAUUAUUAUAUGCAUCUCAACUGAGAAAAGGUAAGAUACCUCUUAAACUUGAACAGACAUCAUAAAUCCAUGCUUCUGUUAGAGAAGUAGAUCAGUAAUAUUCAUAUUAUGAAAAAUUCUAGGUAUCAAUAAAAUACUGGCCUGUAUAAA